UUCGUCACUAGGUAGCGCUACUGUACUCUCCAGAAAUACUGUUCCAGAGAUGAACAUAACCAUGUCUUUUAUUAAUUCAAAACUUCAUUUUGUAAUGGUUCCCAACACUUGGAAGAUUCGUGGGAGAAUAGGAAGUGACAAAAAGUUCUCCGCAAGAAGAAUGGCUUCCGGUAAACCAUGCAUCAAACAUUUUAUGGAAUACUUUAUCAAGAUCCCGUCAUGCUACACUGCUCGAAACAACAGAAGGAUCUUGAGACUGUGCAUCAAAUGCAAGGUCAAGGUGUAUUUAUCGUUUAUCGAGUACUCGAUCGUUCAAUAUGGCAAAUGGAACAACAAAGUUGCGGCGCGGGAAGAGGGAGGUAAAAGAGAGAGGAUGGUGGUCGUCAGUAAGUCGGCGACCAGAGAAAGAGGAGGAAGGCCAGCUAGGAUGGUGGUGAUCGGGUCCGGAUCCGCGACUGGCAGUUCACGGCUGGUAGUCAGCGCACAGUCAGUUAUCUCUCGUACUUUACAAUUUGUCGAGAUAGUAAUUAAUAUUUAUCAAGAUUAUCCGACAAACAAUGUUGAGAGGUUAGGUGCACUGGUGGAUAGUUCAAGGGGUUAA